GCUCCGGCGGCGCGCAGAAGCAGGCGCGCACGCGCACACGCGCGCGCACUCCCGCCGGCGGCUCGGCUUUCCCGGAGGCGCGCUCCAGCCGGCGCGGCCGCCGCCAACAUGGCUGAGACCAGCGAGGAGGUGGCGGUGCUGGUGCAGCGGGUAGUGAAGGACAUCACCAAUGCCUUCCGGAGGAACCCGCACAUAGAUGAAAUUGGCCUGAUUCCAUGUCCUGAAGCAAAAUAUAACCGGAGUCCCAUAGUCCUGGUGGAAAACAAACUCGGUGUGGAGAGCUGGUGCGUCAAGUUUCUUUUACCGUACGUCCACAACAAGCUCCUUUUGUACAGAACGAGGAAGCAGUGGCUGAACAAAGAUGAAUUGAUAGAUGUCACGUGUACUCUGCUGCUUCUAAACCCAGAUUUUACCACGGCAUGGAAUGUGAGGAAAGAAUUGAUCCUCUCUGGUACCUUAAAUCCAAUUAAAGACUUACAUCUGGGAAAACUGGCCUUAACAAAGUUUCCAAAGAGUCCAGAAACGUGGAUUCACAGGCGAUGGGUGCUACAACAGCUAAUGCAGGAAGCUUCUUUGCCUCCCUUUGUAACCAAAGGAAACCUGGGAACAAUUCCUGCAGAGAGGACACAGCGACUGAUACAGGAAGAGAUGGAGGUCUGUGGUGAAGCAGCAGGGAGAUACCCAAGCAACUACAAUGCCUGGUCCCAUCGCAUCUGGGUCUUGCAGCACCUGGCUAAGCUGGAUGCCAAGAUUCUUCUUGCUGAGCUAUCUUCUACUAAACAUUGGGCAUCCAUGCACGUUUCAGACCACAGUGGAUUUCACUACCGCCAGUUUUUGUUAAAAUCUUUGAUUAGCCAAACUGUGAUAGAUGAUCCUGUAUCGGAGCAGAACCCUUUGAGGAGUGAGUCAGCCCUGAUUCUUCCAAAAGAUGAAGAAGCAACAGCUUCAGCAGAGGAACCAAGGAUAAAUCUUUCUCAUCUUCUAGAAAAGGAAGUGGAAUUCAGCACUGAUCUUAUUGAUUCCUACCCAGGACAUGAGACCCUGUGGUGUCAUAGGCGGCAUAUUUUCUAUCUCCAGCAUUACUUCAGCAGCAGGCUUCCUCACAGCACAAAGCAGGUGUCACCUGCAGACAGUCCUGGGGAAACACGAAAUGACUUGCACCUCAUCCCUGGGGGCGCCCAUCUGUCUCAAGCCAUGGAAGUGGAUGGACUAAAUGACUGUAGCAAGCAAGGCUAUUCCCAGGAAACCAAACGCCUGAAGCGGACCCCAGCUGCAGACUCCGUGGGCCUAGAAAUGGAGCACAGGUUUAUUGAUCAAGUGUUAUCCACCUGCCGGAAUGUAGAACAAGCGAGGUACGCCAACGCAUACAGGAAAUGGCUGGUCACUUUGAGUCAAUGAAAGAAGUGGAUUAAUCCUGCAAGGGUCCCUUUUAGUGCAAUAUUGCUUUCCUGCCCCAUGGCAUAGUUGCAUGAACUUUGCUGUUAAGCUGCCUAUGUUCCUCUCCUUUAAGAUAAAGAUCCUUAGAAAAUCUUUUAUUUAUUUUAAGAAUUGGCAUUCCUUUGGGGAUAGAAUAAUUAUAUAAUUUCUUCCUGCGAAUAAUCUUAUUUUUUUUUUCUUUUUUACUCCUCAUCCUUUAUAUCUGUGGGGCUUCUCAUCUGGUUCACAAGUACCUCUGCCCACUUCAGUUCAGUUGCUACAUAUGCAAAUUUUAAAUUUAGAAUUUAUAUUGUGUUUCAGCUGAAGAACAUUAAUACAAAUGCAAAAGGACUUGAUCUUACUAUUGUUAUAAAAAUCAAAUGACUAGAUUAAUGGAUAUAGAGAAAUAUAAACCAAUUCUGUAUCUCUAGUAUGUUCUAUUCUAGUUACAGACUAAGACAGCCAAAGUCAAAAGUAUUGGAACUUAUAUCAAAAACUGCCUCCAAUGUAAUCCAUUUUUUUUUAAAUGGUUACUUUAAAGGAGGGAGGUAUGUAAUUGCAGUACUGGAAAAUUAAUUUUAUCACUGUUUUUAGUAGAUUGUUUUUACCUCAUAUUUGGUAUAUGCCAAAACAGUUGUGUCAGCCCUUAUAAAUUUGUUUUUAAAUCCCAGAAUGCAUUUUUAGUUAUUACUGCCUUUUUCCUUCCAUAAUCACUCAUAUAAAGAGAAAAGUAUAUAUAGAAACAUAUAGAGAAAUGUAAUAGUAAAAAAGUUUCCUUAAAAAUUUAAGUCAUUGUGGUUAUACUGGAUAAACUACAAAAUUUUUAUCAAGUCCUAAUAAACAGUUUGUUGGCAAAAACUAGGGGGAAAGAACAAUUUUAGAGAUUAGUUCUUUGAUUUUAAAAAUGAAACAAAACACUUUGAAGCUUAAUUUUGUCAGGGAUGCCAUACCAAAGUGUCCACAUUAUAGCUAUAUUCUAUCUUUUAGAUAACAAGGGCUCAGUUUUUCAGGUGGGCAACAUAGGAGUGAAAGAAAGGUCAGGUACGAUAUCUGUGUUAUUAUGUUCCCUUCCUUAUAAAUGGUCUGUCUUUUCUAUCCACAUACCUUUUUUUUUAUUUUGCCAAUCUCUUCCAUGUUUUUGUCACUUCCACAUCUGAAUAUUUUCUUUCUUCUGUCUUAACUUCAGGGAUCCCUACUGAAACUGUCAGCCUCCUCUAAUGAGUUUCAUACAUGUACGCAUACACACAUGCAAAGCAGAUUGGAGUAAGCGCUGCCUCUCUAAAAGUUCCUGCCAGGAUGAAAGCUGCCUCUUGUCCUACGUGUGUGUAAAAGGUGAACCAUAUAGUAGUGAGUGUGACCGCCAGCAUUCCCCGUUUUCCUGGUCUGUGGGAUGGGAAGAAGGAAGCAGGGAAAGGCAGGCCUUACUCAUCUCAUUCUUAUGGAAAGUCUGGACUUGUUAGGGGUGCUACUUUGAAGGAAAAGAAGUCUGUCUUUUAUUUCAGCAUCACGGUUUUUGAAUGGCAGACUGUUGAAAUGAGUGGCACACUUAAGAACACCAGAAAAAUGACCUAGCCUAGUUCCAAUAGACAGAUGUUAGUCUUCUUUCUUAGAGCAAGAAAUACUUGUUAUAAACUGAGAAAAUAAUGGCCAUUAUGAAUGUAAUUCCGUGGCCCCAUUGUACAAAGCGUAUUAUGAAUCAAAUACCUCAAGAUCUAUGUAGACCUGUGGAUAAAAUCAUUAGAUGUACGUUUUUCAGCUGCUGUGGGAGUUGGGUAGAAACUGCACAGAGACGACACGGGAGGUUCCAUCCAUUCCAGUAAAACAUGUUGCCGCGUUCUGGCCUUGUUCAGUAUCCCAAAUGACAGGGCUUCUUAUACUUUAAUUUGAGUACCUGUAAGGAUAUGAUUGUAGAUAAUAUUAUAUGAACAUUAGCUAAACUGUUAUAGUUCUCCAUGCCUUUUUAUACCUUUCGUUCAGUAGUUCUCAGUAUCUUGCCCAUCUCUCAUAGUCUGCCUUCGUAUCUUCUGUGGCUCUGCCCACCACUUUCUGAAGCCAUGGAGUCCUUUAGUAUAUCUUGGUCUCUUUGUCUUCCUAAAAAAGUUUUAAGUAGGGAGUGAAAAAUAUAAAUAUCCAAAGGAUACUGUUAGUAUGUGACUUUUGUGUGCCACUUUAUUUCUCAAAUAUGCAUUUCUUGAGUGUUCGUUCCUUCUCACGAAAACUUACAAUUGCCCUAUAUGACUGUGGUUUUCUUCCUAAGUGCUUGACAUGUAAACUAACUUAAUAAUGUAUCUUUGACUAGAUGAGUUCAUGCAGUAAAAAGCAUAUAUCUAUUUUCAGGGGCUUGUUAGUCUUACUUUUCAGAAAAUGUGUAGUUGUUAAAAGAUGGACACACAUUUGGUCAGAUUUCACUGGACGAAUAUCAGGUCAUCAUACCAUCCUGUGGGUCCUGAAUACUACUGACAAGUAAAACGUAAUGAGAUCUGCAACUGUGGCCACUGAAACACCUGCUCUAUCUUCUUUUUUUUUUCCCCAGCAUAUCUAUGUUGGUAAUAAAUCGUUUCCAUAUUCUACCAUGAGCCUGGCACACUGUGUGGAGUUACUAAGUAUUUAUUGAUCACUGAUUAACUAUCUGAAGAAAGGAAAGAUUAGCCAUGAGUGAUAGGUAGAUGAUGAUGGAGAAAAAUGAAUGGGUUGUGGUAAAGGAUGUCUUCUAGCUUCCUGAUGUUUACGGAGGUCUAUCACAUGCCAAAUAAGUUCAUUCAGGUUUGUUUUCUUCAUCUUAUUAUCUUGUUUUAACUUGUUAAAUCCCAGCCAACAAAUGUAUAUCUGGACUUAUCAGUUGAACUUCAGUGUUUAUUAAAAGCUUAUAGAGCAGAUGAAACCCACUUGUAUCAAGAAUACUGCUUUCUCAUCACUUACAAUGGUGGGAACCACUUUGGGCAGAAAGCAAAUAAAUUCUUUGAUUGUAGUGACUUAGCUUGAAGCAUUGUAUGCUGCUUUUUUUUCUCUCCAACUUGAACUGUGGACCUUUUAGAUACUUCUAAACCUGAGUAGUUUUUUAAGAUUAAAGAUUUGAUACAUAGUAAUAUGUCCCUUAGAAAUUCUGAGCCCAGAUUCCAAUCAUGUUUCUUAUUUCUAUGGGAUGGUUCUAAUUUAAGUUAAAGGCUUCAAUCUUUUUGCAAUGCUUGAAGCAGGGAUUGUACCCUGAUUCAUUAAUUAUUAAUAGGGACUGAUGUAUACAGAUUAUCUUUGGAAGCUACUUCUGUCUUCAAAUAAGGCCUCGUGUGACUUCAGUGGUAGAGACAAACGUUUUGAAGCUUUUAUGGAAAGCAUGUAUGGUAAGCAUUGUGUAAUUUAGAUGUACUCAGAUACCAGUUGAUGCUUAGUGUGUGUGUGUGUGUGUGUGUGUGUGUGUGUGUGUGUGUAUGUGUGUAUAAAGAGAACUUGUAUAUUGCUACAAAUCGUCAGUCUUAGAAUUUUCCUUUAUAUAGCACAAAGUGGUAUCUUACAAUGGGCUAACUGCAAUUUAAAACUGGAAUUACCAGUUGCUGUGUAACAUUUGCUACCCUGGUACCUUUGAAUUAUGGAAGAUGCUAACAUUUUAGUUGUAAAAGGAAGUAACAGAAUUUUUUUUCUUUUUUUUUCAAAAAGACCUUUUAAAUUUAUUGUUACUUUGUUACUAGAAAAUUAUAUUUUAAUACUUUCAGGUAUUUAUAGUAUGCUAAGAAAUUUGAAUAACUAGGCCUUUUGCCUUUUGAAUGCAUUUUUCAAAUAGACCCACAAACUAUAGCACUUUUUGUGCUAUCACAGCUCUGUGCUCUGUAACAAACUCCUGUAUAUUAGAGACCUUUGUAAAGGCACUGAAAAAUUUAAACAGGUUCAGUGUCAUUAAGGCCGUGAGCAAGAAAAUAAGCCCCAAGAAUUUUACUUCUGUCACACAGUGUCUUUCAGAAAAUAGCUUAUACAUACUGUGUUAAUUUGAGUGCCUUUCUUACUUUUGGGAGAAGCAAGAUUAUAUUACAUCAAAGUUAAUGUUUAAGUAGAAAUCAGAGUAUGAAAGUUUUCUCAAAUAUCUGAUUAUGGCUGAUUAUUUACUUAUCCCCAUAGCUAGGCAUGGUCCAUGGGGUAUUAUAUGACACACUGAUUGAAGAAGGUAGGACCCUAAUGCAUUCUAUUUAAUUAGUUAACAUUUGUGGGCACUGUGUCAAGUAGUUCUUUUCCUCUGACAACUAACAUGUUGGGGUUAGAAACAUCACAUUAGAGGGUGAUGACACGCACAUGACAUGCACAACUCCAUGCAGCCUGAGCCUGUGCAGCAUGUGUUCAAAAGAAAACUGGCCCCUGCCUCCCAAUAAACCUCAGAUGGCUGUCCUAGGUGAGUCCUUUGCCUUACUUUAAGGAUCUUCCUUUCUUUCCAGAUUCAGCAUGAUAUAGGAUAGUCAAGGAGUGGGGGUGUCUUUGUUGUUUUUUUUUUUAGGUAUCAGAAAAAAACACUGAGAUAGAAUUCUAAAUGCAUCAUUUUAUAUAUUUGUGUAUGAGGGAGAGGGAUGAGAAUUUCAUAUUUCACAACUACAAAUAGUUCCAUGUUGUAAUUUCAUAAAAAUAUAGUUAAGAUUCCAAAGUGCUUUACAGAAAUUCCUUCAGCACGUAUUCCUAAAGGGCAGUGAUAUACCGUGUUCAUAGUGAAGACAGAAAACCAGUGUAGCCAUUGGGCCUCUGGUGUUGGAGGAGAAACCUCAGGCUCCCAAUUGUAACUUCUCUACUCUUACCGGGCCAUGGUAACACUAUACAACCAAACUCUUUGCUAAAGUACAUAUAUAUGGCAGUAGUUUAGUCUGCUGGUCAAACAUUGUGCUUCCAAGAAUAUUAGCUGUAGAGCAUGUGUGCUUUAUGGACAAUAACAGGAUCCACAAAGCUAACCCUGACGUUUCUUUUAUUGGCCUGUUGUUAUUCCUCAGGGUGUAAAAGAUGUAGUCAAUUUAGAACAAAAUUUUAUAUUUAGUGACAAAAAGAGAAGCAAAAAUAUGUUAACUGUAUUACUAGCUCUUAGCAUUUUAAUAUGUAUAGUAUUUUUUAUAAACCACUACCAGCAGAGUCGCUAGUAGAUGCUCUAUGACUGCCUCAUGUUCACCUUGCUGCUUUAGGCCCUGUGGCUCUUCUGGGAACAUUAUCUUACAUGUGUCUUCCAUGGGAUUGUUUCAGCAUUAUAUUUCCAUGCUGGGAGGUGGGCAAGGUCGUAUCUGUUUAUUUGACGUCCUUCUCAAUUUUCAGCCAUCCCACUGAGGAAAAUGAUCACUGUUUGUCUUCAGUUUGACCCCUGUUUGACCACCAUUUUGCUUCCUAGACUUCUGCUUCCCUGAGAGUUCUGUGUGCAAGUCUGGUACGUGUUGAACACAUUGCAUAAAUGCCUUGUGUGGUGCAGGGUCAAGUAGAACAGAUAAAAACUAGAGCAGGAAACUAGCUGUGUCUCAUUAUCUGUAUUCUUAUGGUAUCUCCAAGAGAGAUGCUCCCAUUUUACGUGAAAUACACAGUCAGAUUCAGAUAUACAUGAUAAGGACACACAAUUUUAAAACAUUGCAAGUGAAAUGUAAAUGCCUCUAAGGUAGCUAAAUUAAAGUGUCUACACACACAUAACACAUUUUGAGCUUCAGUUCAUCUGAUGAUUUUUACAAAGAACUUUACCCAAAGAAAUUUUAUUUUUGCAUUUUAGCGUUCGUAGGUCAAUUUUCUUUACUAGGUCAGCCCCCUCCAGCAAAGUUGGGAGUAUAACGGAGGUACCGGUUUGCCCUGAUUAGACAGUUGUACAGCAUAAACUGCAUGGUAAGUCUUUAGUGGUUCACACAUCAUAUAGUCUAGUUUUUCUUCCAUAACUUCAGGGAAUCAACCUUAAUUUUAUGUCUGCCAGUCACUUUCCUUAAAGUACUAUGCAGCAUACAUUAGAUUGUUUAUGUUUGUAAUGUGACUACAUAAUACAUUUGAUUAUCUUUUGUGUCAUAAGGAUUUAUGAUUUCAUAUGUCCAAAUGUUGACUCAGACAACAUUCUAUCAGAGAUGCUUAUACUGGGGCUGAGGAUUUAGCUCAGCAGAAUAGGCGCCUGCCCGGCAAGUGCGAGGUUGUGAGUUGGAUCUCCAGUACCAAUAAAAAAAAGAAAAGAAAUACUCAUAUGUUGUCCUUCCUUAUCAAAGUAAUUCAUUCAAAGCAGGUAUUUUUUUCUCACUUGUUAAGAAUGAAUAUAGACUGAGUACAAUCAUGGUAGGUGCUCAGUAGAUAAUUGAUUAUUGAUCAGUGAGCUUGUAGCAGUUUCAGAGACCAUUGUCAUCUUGUCACUGAGAAAUAUAUUGUAGAGUAAUAUAUGUGUGCAACUGAAAAAUCCUUUCACUUGACAUGAAUUAUUAGAGUUUUUAGAAUAGAGUUAGUAACAUGUAAUUAAAGCAUUGUUAAUAUACAUGGUUUGAAAAUAGGAGAUGUGAAAAAUUGUAAGUUAUUGUAUCUUCCUGUGUGAGACACAUUAAUAAAUGUGAUGAAAUGAAUGUCUUAAACAGGCAGCUGAACUCUUAAGAAAAACCUGUAGUCUUCUGCAGUUUCUGUACUGGUAUGCCCGUACCAUGUAGUUUAGAUUAUUUUUAUUUCUCCUAAAUCCUACUUGCUUCCCAGUGUCAUGGUAAUGGUAAAAUACAAAGGUAUGUUAACUAACUGCCUACUGACUUACUUUCCCAGGGCAUCUUUGACAUGAGGAAGAAGUUUUUACGAAUAACACAGUACUGUAGUUUCAUUAUCUGUUCAUUUGUGACUUUCAGAGCUAUUGUGUCGGUAUAACUAACAUAAAAAGAUUAAGCAGUUUUUGAAAACAUUCCUACCUGAGCUGUGAGGAACCAAUGGUAUAUUAUGAGUGUAAUUAGACACUGGCUGAGUAGGGAGGCUCUUGAUGCAUGGCUGAUGUUGGCUUUUGACUGAAGUGAUCACUGUGAGUAUUGCAUCUUGACAUAUCAUGUUCUAGGAGAAUAAUGAGUUGUGUGCUAGAUUAACUGAGUAUUUUUCAGUUGGCAGGAAAAAAAAAAAGGACAAAGUAUUAUAUAUAGGCCAAGUAUUUAUAUACUCCAAAAGCUUAGAAAGGGGGAGGGGAGAAAAAGCAAAAACCAAUAAUGAUAUUUUUAAUAGCCUCUAAAUUUUUUUUAAUUGGUAAUGGGGAUCAAACUCACGACCGCCUGCUUGCAAGGCAGGUGUUUAUGCCGCUGAGCUAAAUCCCCAGCCCCAACUUCUAAAUUUUUUUAAUCCAAGUUUCUUGGACAAGUAGUUGCUUAGUUCAAUAGUAAGGGACUUUUAAGGGAAAGGUCAUAAAUUGGAGUUUUAAGAUUGUCUUGUAAUUUUUGAGUUUUAAGAUUGUCUUGUAGUUUUUCUUCAUAUAGACUGGCUACAUGUAUAAUCUAAUGCAGGUCAGAUCCAAGAUACAAAGAUUAGUUUACCUAGCCUAUUUUAUCAAUGAUAUUAGUUGUUUUCACUAAUUGCACUGCUGCAUUUCUGAAAUUUGUUUUCCCCCAGUAUAGUAGCAGUCUGCAUUGAAGUUCUUUCAUAGUGGUUGGUAUUUUCCAAGGAUUAUGUAUUUUGUAAAAUCUUAAAAUUGCUGAGGAACCAGCAGAAUAAAUUUUUCGGUAAGUUUUAUGCAAAGUGUACUCAGCAGUGUUCUGGGGGGUAAUACCCCAGAGUGCCUAAAUGAUGGCAAAUUCUGAGGCCAGUAUAAUGAUUAUAUAUUAUCCAUACCUGUACUAUUCAAUAGAAAUAUAAUGUGAACCAAAAGUAAUUUUUAAUCUUUUAGCUAAAAUAAGAAAGGUGAAAUUUAUUUCAAUGUGUAAUCAAUAUGAAACCUUAUUAAUUGGAUAUCCUACCUUCCUUGUCUCCAUAUGUAAGAUGUAGUGUAUAUUGUGCAGCCCCAGCUCAUCUCAAUUCUGACUGGCCACACUUCCAGUACUCCACAGCUGUGUGGCUGGGGGCUGCUAUGUUGGACAGUGCCGAUUGUAGAGAGUACAAUGAAUGUCUCUGUUUCAAAUUUGGAAGUGAUAGGCAUGAGAUUUUGGCAUUUUAAAAAGUGAGUGUUUAGGAAAGCAUUUAGUAGAAUUACCACUUGUUUUCCUUCAUCUUAAAGUUACUCUAGAAAUAGAAUCAACCCAUUCUAGUUUGCCAAACAUACUUUUAAGGUGGAAUAAUUCCAUGCUGUGUAAAAUACCGUGAAAUACUGAUUAUAACAACACAUUCAUAACACAGUUUUCAGUUGUAUUCAUUAAAUUCUGUCUUGUUUCUUCAAAAUAAUAGUUUAACUUGCAUGUUAAUUGUGUAUCUGUACCUUCUUUAUUUUUGUAUUCUUACAAUGUGUAUUAACCAGCAGCCCUAGGAUUCUAAACUUUCUAUGCAGUUGUCUUCCAGUACUCACUGGUAUACUUAUUAUAUGAUGAUAAAUGGCAGAGAAAUAGAAGAACCAUUCUUUUCUCCAUUAGAUUUAUUUUUAACACGUGACCAUGUACCAAGCCAGCUAUAAGUUACUGUGUUUGUGUAAGUAGAAAGAAAUGUUUGUCUUAUCUUUACUAAAUGUCUUCAAUUUUUAAGUAAACUUUUCAUCUCCUAAA